AUCAGCAGGUGUGCAACUUUCAGGACACCCUUUUUUCACACAGUUGACUUCAGCUAAAGAGGAAAACAGAUUUUCAGGAGAAAAGAGCAUCUUUGUUUUUUUCUGCAAUGACCCGCAGAAAAGGGACAUCCGGAUAAAGCUUUUUGAGGGUUUCUCUCCUGCAUCUUGUAUCCUAAUAAGAUUACCAAGGAGGACGACCAACAAACAAACAAAGGAGCAGUGAUGCAGACUGCAGCCCCUCCAUCCGUCUGAGAACAACAAGUGACCGCGCUCAUGAGCACUGACGCCGUCUUCACAGCAGAGCUGGACUCUGAUCAAAACGGCGAGCUGGCUGACAUGGUUGCCUCCAUGAACAUGGCGUCCAGCCGCCUGACCCCGCCCAACGGGUACCGGUCGGGGGCCCCGAGGUCGGCCAUCGGCAACAGAGCUCGCCUCUCUGACAGGAAGCUGUCGCUGCAGGAGAGGGGGAACCGCAUGGCUCGACAGCCGACCAUCGAGACCAAACGAGUGUCUAUCACCGACGCUGACGACUGUGUCCAGAUGAACCAGUAUAAACUGCAUAAAGAGAUUGGAAAGGGUUCUUAUGGAGUGGUGAAGCUGGCUUAUGAUGAGGGCUCUGAACAGUACUAUGCAAUGAAAGUGGUGUCAAAAAAGAAGCUGAUGAGGCAGUGUGGAUUUCUGCGCCGUCUGCCCCCUGCCAACCUGCAGCAGGAUGCAUACCCCAAAGGCAUGCUGCCUCUGGAGAGGAUCUACAGGGAGAUCGCCAUCCUCAAGAAGUUGGAUCAUCACAAUGUUGUUAAACUAGUGGAGGUGCUUGAUGACCCUGAUGAAGACGGACUCCACAUGGCCUUCGAGUUGAUGACAAAAGGGCCGGUGAUAGAGAUCCCAGCAGACGAACCCUUAAAGGAAGGACAGGCUCGCUUUUACUUCAGAGAUCUGGUCCUGGGAAUAGAGUACUUGCAUUACCAUAAGAUCAUCCACAGAGACAUCAAACCUUCCAACCUGCUACUGGGGGACGACGGUCACGUCAAGAUUGCAGACUUUGGUGUCAGUAAUGAGUUUGAGGGGACUGACGACCUCCUCUCCACGACGGCAGGAACGCCGGCCUUCAUGGCCCCUGAGACAAUGACCGAGCACCUUCAGCUCUUUAGCGGAAGGGCUUUAGACGUGUGGGCGAUGGGAGUGACGCUGUACUGUUUUGUUUUUGGGAAGUGCCCUUUUUAUGAUGAGUACAUAGUUUCUCUGCACAACAAGAUCAAGAACAAACCGGUGGAGUUUCCAGAAAAGCCAGAGAUAAGUGAUGAACUUAAGCAUCUCAUUGAAAGGAUGCUGGAUAAAAACCCGGCGACACGAAUCACUGUUCCUGAAAUAAAGCUCCACCCGUGGGUUACAGAGAACUCCUUGAACCCGCUGCCUCUGGAAGAGGAGCACUGUAAGGCAUUGGAGGUGACUGAAGAGGAGGUGCAAAACAGCAUCAGACUCAUCCCCAGCCUCUCCACUGUGAUUCUGGUGAAGGCCAUGCUGAGGAAACGGUCAUUCAGUAAUCCCUUUGAGUGUCAGGCCAGGCGGGCAGAGAGGUCCAUGUCUGCCCCUGGAGGUCUUCUUACAGGUUCUUGGGGCUUACUGGGGUCCUCACCUCUGCUUCAUCCUUCCUUGAGGAAAGUCAGCAGAGAGGGGAGCCGAGAAGGAGAGUUGGAGGACUUGUAUGAAGAUGAGUCAUGUCCAGAGAAUGCAGAAUAAACUGAUGCAUGUAGAGCUCCAGGGAAUGUGCAGAGAGGUGUGUUCUGUGUCAUUCUUUAUGUCCUUAUUUUUAUGCUUUGUGCUUCUUAUUCUGUUGUGAUUUUUCACUUUUUUAGCAGAGGAUUUAUAAAUUUGAGUUAGAGAUGUAUCGUAUUUGGACAAAAGACGGUGUUCAAGACUAUAGACAAGAGCUCAUCCUGUCACUUUGCUUGUUUACUGCUCUGUUAAGAAGACUGGAAUUAUGGUGGAACUCAUUGUUAAUGUAAAUAUUCUCAGAAAAGAAGAAAAUUUUUACAUUUUCCUACGCAGUUGACAAUAAUAAAAGGUCUAAAAUUGAUCCAGA